AUGUCCUUUUCUCUUCCCUCCCCCGAAGCCCGGGCCAACAUCACCGAACGGCUGUCCGAUCUCAUCAGAGCCAUCGAGGCCCACCCCGCCUGGGACCCCGAGAAUCCCCACAGGGGCCUAUUUCACGUUUGGGACUUUGUCAACCGGUCCCGGUACAUCAUGACCGAGCUCGAUCACAUCCGUGACGGCGAGCCCGUGCAAUAUCCGGAGCAGAUCCGGCAGCAAUCCGGUCCAACAACCGGUCCCGCCGCCGCCGCCGAGUCCUUUUCCGACGUUUGCGGGCGAGCCGCCACCGUCAACGAGAUGGUCGGCAGCCCGCGGUCCCUCACCAUGAUGGGUCUUCCUCAGGUAGAUUACGGCAGCGACGUCACCGCCAAGUCCCAGGCCGUCGUUGAGGCCAUCGAGCAGGCCAGAUAA